CGGGGCGGGGCGGGCGCACCUGCCCGCGGCCCCGCGGCCGGCGGGGCGCGCUGGGGCCGCGCUGCGCGGAGGCUGGCGGCAGCAUGGCCCGCCUGCUGGGCACCUUGCGCAGCUCCCAGCCCGUGGCGCGCUUCCAGCGCUCCUGCGGGCUCUUCCCCGCCGGCGAGGAGGGCGGCGGCAGCGGCGACCCCGCGGAGGGGCCCCGGGAGCGCGGCGCCUGCAAUGGAGCGGGCGCGCUGCGCUGCGCGGCCGGCGCUGCCCGCGGCGGGGUGCGGAGCGGCCGCGGCCCGCAGGGUUGCUCACAGAAGUAUAUUGUGAAGAACUACUUCUACUACUACUUGUUCAAGUUUUCAGCUGCUUUGGGUGAAGAGAUUUUUUAUAUCACUUUCCUUCCAUUUACCUACUGGAAUAUAGAUCACUCUGUGUCUAGAAGAAUGAUAAUUGUUUGGUCUAUAGUGAUGUACAUAGGCCAGGUCUCCAAGGACAUCCUGAAGUGGCCUCGGCCCCUGUCACCACCUGUCGUGAAGCUGGAGAUGAGGACGAAUGCAGAGUAUGGGAUGCCAUCCACCCACGCCAUGGCAGCUACAGCCAUCUCCUUCUCCUUUUUCAUUGCAACCAGGAACCAGUACAAGUAUCCACUGGAGCUCGGCCUGGCAGCGGCGUUUGUGUUUUCCACGUUGGUGUGUCUGAGCAGGCUGUACACAGGGAUGCACACAGUCCUGGAUGUGAUCGGAGGUGCACUGAUUUCGGCUGUGUUGCUCAUGCUCUUGUAUCCUGCGUGGGACACAAUAGAUCACUUGCUGUUGACCAGCCCCUUCUGCCCACUGUUUUCCAUAGUUGUGCCUCUUGUCUUGUGCUACAACUACCCCAAACUAGACUAUUACAGCCCUACCAGGGGAGACACCACUACGAUCUUAGGAGCAGCAGCUGGAGCAACUGUGGGAUUUUGGUUGAACAACCAGUACGCUGCUUCAGCCUACAGCAGCAGAGGUGUUCAGCCUGGAUUUCCUGUGAGCACCAGCACCAUGGUGUUUGUGCUGGCCAGGUUCCUCGUAGGGAUCUUGGUUGUCCUGCUGACACGCUGGGUCAUGAAGAGCGUGGUCCUUGGCGUGCUGGGCCAUCGGUACAAGUUCCCCCUUGGCGACCUGGAAGCCCGGAGACGCCUGGAAGUGGAGGUGCCCUAUAAGUUUGUGACGUACUCCUCUGUUGGCUUCACGGCCACCGUGAUUGUGCCGCUGCUGCACGAGCUGCUGGGACUGAUGUGAGCUCAGCUCCUCCUCACCGAGCCACCCGCGGCACCACCGCCUCGGAGACCUGAUAACCCAGGCCAGGGACUUGACCAAAAAAUGUUUCGUGCCUUUCUGCACUGGUGUGGUGGGUUUGGCUCUGGCUGCAUGCCAGGUGCUCACCAAAGCUGCUCUGUCACUCCCCUCUCUCCAGGGAGAAAAAAUGUAAGGAGAGGAUCAUGGCUCAAGACAAGGGCAGGGAGAGGUCACUCAGCAGUUUUACUCUCACAGGAAAAACAGACUUGGCCUGGGGAAAUAAGUUUAAUUUAUUAUCAAACUAAUCAGAGUAGGAUAAUAAGAAAUAAAACCAAACAUUACAACCACCUUCCACCUACCCCUCCCUUCUUUCUAGGCUCAACUUCCCUCCUGAGGUCUCUACCUGCUCCUACCCACCAUCACAGGGGGAUGAGAAUGGAAGUUACAGUCAGUUCAUCACAUGCUGCUGCUCCCUCCUGCUCAGGGGUAGGACCCCUCACACUCCUCCCUUGCUCCAGCAUGGGGUCCCUCCCACAGAAGACAGCUCUCCAAAAACUUCCCCAAUGUGAAUUUUUCCAUGGACUGCACUUCAUCCAGCAUGGGUCCCCUGAGGGAUCAAAAGUCCUGCCAGGAGCCUGUUUCACUGUGGUCUUCAAACCCUUCUUAGGGCAUAACCCUGCCCCAGCAUGGGGUUCUGCACUGAUUGCAGGUGGAUCUCUGCUCCCCGUGGAGCUCCAUGGGCUGCAGGGGCACAGCUGCCUCACCAUGGGCUGUACCAUGGGCUGCAGAGGAGUCUCUGCUCUGGCACCUGGAGCACCUCUUCCUCUUCCUCUUCCUCUUCCUCUUCCUCUUCCUCUUCCUCUUCCUCUUCCUCUUCCUCUUCCUCUUCCUCUUCCUCUUCCUCUUCCUCUUCCUCUUCCUCUUCCUCUUCCUCUUCCUCUUCCUCUUCCUCUUCCUCUUCCUCUUCCUCUUCCUCUCUUGGUGCCUGCAGAGUUGUUUCU